AUGGACCCCCUCACAGCUUUCAGCCUUGCCUGCGGGGUAAUCCAGGUCGUCGACUUCAGCACCAAGACCUUGGUAAAAUGCAAAGAAAUCUACAGAGAAGGCUUUUCGUCUGAGUAUCGAGAACUCGAAAGUAUGACUAGACAUCUUGUUGAUGUUCGAGCUGGCCUUGAUCUUCCGGGUCCACAUCAAAGUGCCGACAGCAUCCACAAACUCGACGACCAGAGCAUCUUGGAGCUAGCCAAGGAGUGCUCCAUAACGGCUGACCAGCUGAUUGGGAAACUUCGCUCAGUGAAGACUAAGGGGCCGCAUGAAAAGCGGCAGGCUAUCAUGAAGACCGUCAAACUUCUUUGGGAAAAAGGCGAGAUCCAGGAGAUUCAGAAGCGGCUUGACGGCUACCGAAAUACGCUAGACACACAGAUCCUGAUCAAUCUAAGACAGCGUGUCGACUUGGCCUCUCUGCAGCACAACAAAGAGUUUCGAAAUUUGGACGAGAAAAUCCAGAAGCUCAUCCAGAGUUUCUCUCAACGGCCAGUAGAUUUCGAAGAGCUCAGGGCCCUUAUCCAAACGGACAAUGAGAAGACUAGGGAACAUGUUCACAACAAGCUUCAAGAGCAUGAGAGACGUCUAGCGGAAGAGGAAUACCGGACGCGACUUCUUGACAGUUUAUGGUUCGCCGAAAUUCUUAGCCGAGAAGAAACCAUUGCCGAAGUCCACAGCGAGACUUUUCAGUGGAUAUUUGACAGAUCUGGCCAGGCUGUGCGUCCCUGGGACAACUUCAUUGCUUGGCUUAAGAGUGGUGAGGGUAUCUAUUGGAUUAGCGGCAAAGCUGGUUCCGGGAAGUCGACUUUGAUGAGUUUUCUCUGUCAGGAUGAGCGAACAAUAGACGCAUUGACAACCUGGGCCGGAACGAAAGACAUCUUCACGCCCAAGUUCUUCUUCUGGAGUGGUGGGGAAAAGAUGCAAAAGAGUGUCGAGGGUUUGCUGCGCUCGCUCCUUUGGCAGAUCUUAUAUGAGUUCCCUGAAAUGAAUGUUCUAUCAUUUGAUAUCGGACUACGAACUGAGCUCAAUAGAAGCAUUUCCCGCGAACACGGUUCAAUCGGGGCUUGGACGAGACGUCGACUUCAAAGGAUGCUCCUAGAGGUAAUAGACAAGCUACAGAAUUCGUGUUGCUUGUGUUUCUUCAUAGAUGGACUAGACGAGUUCGAUGAAGACGAAGAUGAAUUGAUCGCGGUUGUUCAAGAUAUUGUGUCGAGCACUGGCGUCAAAGUCUGCUCGUCAAGUCGACCAUACAAAGUAUUCGAGGAUGCUUUUGGUCCUUCAGCCAAGCUUAGAUUGCAGGACUUAACGUACAAAGACAUUCAGCGAUACGUGACGGAUAAAUUUCAAGGUGUACGGCAACUAAAGUCAAUGACAUCAGAGAACGAAUACGGGAUGAAUGAGUUGAAGAAGGAAUUAGUGACCAGAGCGGAGGGAGUCUUCCUAUGGGUCUCGUUGGCUGUUAAGGAUCAGAUUCGCGGCCUCAGAAACGAGGAUAGCCCAGAACAGCUGCGGGAAAGACUCGCACGUCUGCCAAGUGAAGUUGAAGGUAUUUAUCUCCGCAUGUUGCUUCAAAUUGAUAAACCCUAUCGACAAGAGGCAUCACGAUUCCUCCAGAUGGCUCUAAACUCCCCAGGAUGGACACUUUUGGAGCAUGCGCUUGCGUCUUACAAGGACCUAGACAAUAUUCUCUUGACUCCUGCUAACAUCUCGAAAAGUGAAUUGGUUUUGCUGUGUCAAUGGACCCGGAAGAGAAUUACGACAACGUGCACUGGGCUUCUUGAGGUCCGUGAGCACCGAACUCCGGGUACCGAAAGCGAGGCUAGUGAUACAGACACUCAGCUGCUUGAUGCCGACUCAGAAGAUGAAGCGUCAGCUUCCGACUCUAAAAGCGAGACCACGGACGAGUCUGACCAUGGACAAGUAUCUCGGCAGCCAAGUCCGGAGCCCGACAACAACGAUUCACACUCAGACUAUGGCUCCAGUGACAUAAGUGCCGAGGCUUUCAACCUGGAGUCGUACGACACUGUCAAACUUAUCCAUCGCACGGCGGUUGACUUCAUGAAAGUCGGGCAAGGGAAGGCAUUUUUGGAGGCCAAUUUGUUGCCGGAAUUCGAUCCCCAACUCUUGUAUCUGAAGACUCUGCUUGGGACAUUGUGUCUAUUUCCAGAAUAUCAACGGCGCGGCCCAAGUAAAGUAGCGGAAUUCAUGCUAGAUCUAGUCUUUACCGAGAAUAGAACUGGAAUGGCGCAAAUCGAACUGUGUGAGCUCAUCGAUCGUACCAUGUCAGUUUUAGAUCAAGGCCAUCCGGACUGGCGUCCAAACUCUCACUGGUGUACGCGUUGGGAUAGAUUCCUGGAAAUGCAAGCUCGAGAACAGGACAGGUCGUAUUUGAGUACGAGGAUGAGUUCUCGAUCAAGCUCGAGGGACUCGUUUUACUCCGCAAGGAGCGAUCCUAUGGCCCGCCGUGAAUCGAUUGACGCGCCGGCGGGACCAUCGCAUCUUCUUCCAUAUGACUUCCUUGGCUACGCGGCCUCAUGGGGUCUCUAUCACUAUGUGCAGCAAACACUUGACUGUCGAGCGAAGCGUCUUGACCUAGAAACAGCAAACUACUUAUUGUACUGCUCUACGUUGUCUUGCAAAGACCGCCCCAGGAUUUGCAGCCAAUCGGGGCUUGUGGCUGAUCUUCUAAGGAGAGGAGGCAACCCGAACACAAGACUCCUUACGAACACGAUAUGGGGAAAUUUCCUGAACGGAUUUUAUGAAUACACAUUGCAAUGCGCUCUGCCCUAUAUGACUCGAAAGACAGAUCCUCUUUCCGAUUGGCUGAGCAACUUCACGGAAAUGAUUGCUGCUUUUGUUGAACAUGGGGCAGACAUUCACACCAUUUUUGACCUUUCCCUGGAUUGUCGCGAGUAUCCAUGGCUGGAAGUAUUUGGCAUCUCUCUGAAUGAGAAGGUGAGCUCGUUCAAAUUUGACACGCAGAUGUCCGCUCUGUCAAUAAUAGAGUCAUAUCUGAGUCAUCAGCCCCAAUUCUCUCGUAUCCAGGAGAUGUUUAUCGCCAGAGGCGCUCUCUUGUAUUCGAGAUGUGCGACGUUUCAUUUUCGGCUCCGUAGCAAAGACGUGGAGUACACCGAACAAUGGCGAAAGUAUGAGCUAUCCGAGCAGGAAUCACGGGAGUUCCUUGAAUUACUUGCGCCAAAUGCGGUAUUUUGCUUCGCAAAGGGUUCUGGGGCAGAGGGGUCCGAAACAAAGGAGGCCUUGUCCCAUCAGCGUGCGAGAUUUCACGAUUGGAUUAAACUAGUCUGUUGUUAUGAAGAAGCUCGUCUUGACCCAGUGACUUCUCCAAUGAGCGGCUCUAGUUCGCUUUCUCAGCGAUAG